AUGACCUCUUACUCGAGGAGUCAGGCGUCCUGGUGUCGGGAGAGGAGCAAGUCCCCGAGCCUCUGCCGCCCGACGACCCGAAAUCGGGGCAUUCCGGGAAGGGCUGCGCCAAGGAAGCGAGCUCCUUCUCCCCCACCUCAACACCUUAGGGGAGAUCUGGUCAGGGGCCCAACCGCUCCUGCUCGGUCUGAAGGACCCUGCCCUCAGACACAUCUACUCCUUCCAACGCCAGGUAUUUAUUUGCCUGGCCCGGGAGGAAGUCACCGAGGGCAGUUUCACCGUCCUCCACGAGGGCGUGGCCUACCGCGCCUUCUGGACGGCGUGCGGUGCCACCUGUGCCGUGAGGUUGGGCACAUAAGGAAAAACUGCCCCACCCAGAAGGCUGCCCAGCCCGUGCCAAGGGCUGAUGGUGGUGCCACCGCACCCACUCCCCCUCCCCCGCAGUCAACACCUCCAGCCCCGGCACCGAAGCCAGAGGCUUCCAAUACUUCAGCCUCUGGCAGGGAGGGGGGUGAGCGUCCGGCCGGCCAGAAGGCACAGAAGAAGACGCGACGCGUCAAGCCUGCCCAUGGGGAGACCACCCUAUCCCAUUCCCCGACACCUAGCCCACGACCGGACCUACCCAGCACGACAAUGCCCCUGCGGCCGUGCCAGCAUCGCCCUGGCGCGGGAACCCUGACCCUCAAACCCCCAACCACUCCCCACCCCGAUAGAGAAACCCCUCGGGAUUCAAAGCCUGCCCCUGGCACUGCAACACCUCGCCUGGGGGAGCCCGAGCCCUGCCCAACCCAGCCACGCCCUGGCACUAACCUGGGGGGAACCACCGCUGCCCCACCUCAUGCAGCGACUGUGUCUCCAGGCCCUGGCGAGGGAACUGGGCCCCUCCCCUAA